AUGGAAGACAUGUCACCCUUCGAAGGGUUGGCAUCUGGUGUCGAGGGGAGCCUAUUAGGCCUCAGACAUCUAAUCAAAAUUGAUUUGCACGUAUCAGCACGUGGGGAACAAAGGCGGAUACUGGUCGACACCGAGGCCAAACCGGCACCCAGUCCCCAGAUUCUUUCUUAUAGUGUCCCAAGUCCUAUCCUGCCUGGCGUGCUUGGAGGCCAUGUUCUUCCCCCUGUGGUGCAUCCAGUGGCUCCGAGUUUAUCGUGUUCUAUUAUCCCAUCCAUGUGCCAUCAACCCGUGAGUCUUCCAAUGACGUACCACCCGCCACCAGCGAUACAUGCUCCCCGUCCACCAAUGCUUCCUGUUCACCUUCCUAUGGUCCUUCCUUCCACCUAUGCUGCCUAUGUUAGCUCCUCAUCCACCAGUGCUGCCUGUUCACCCCCUUAUGGUCCUACCUCAUCCACCAAUACUGCCUGUUCCUUCCCUUCUGUACGAUCUCCACCCACCAGUGCUGCCCGUUCGUCCUCCCAUGUACUCUCUUCAUCCACCAUUGCUGCUUGUUCAUCUCCCCAUGUACUCUCUUCAUCCACCAGCGGUGCCUGCCCCCCCCCCUAUCCUUCCACUUUAUCCAUCAAUGCUCCCACCAACCAUGCUUCUGUCACAGCCACUAGACUAUUCUCAGCCAUCAGGGACUCCACCGGCAUCCCCCCAUCAGAAUUUCCCUCCUCAGAUAACAUCGUUUACCCAACACCAGAGGCGUUUCCUCCCCAGGGUUCCUUCGGCUACCCCUCGCCACCAGAUACCGACCCUUCGAAGGGUGACAUGUCUUCCAUACUCAGUAUGUUGUCUUCCUUAAAUGGCUUUGGUUACUCCUCCUUCCACGUCAGCCCACUAAUGGUGUUACACCUCUCAGUUCCUAUCACGAAGACUUAUUUCUACUCUAACUGA